UUGACAUUUUUCAGCUAUAAAAGUUUUAAUUUAUUUUUUUUCUAAAUUUCUCUUUUUAAGAACUGAUUUGCUCUGCCUUUUUUUAAAGGUAAACACAAAUAUCUAUGUGUCAAAAAUCAUUGGAAAAAUAUCGUAAAUUAAAGUUUUUGUACACUGAGGAUCAUCAUUACCGAUUGAAUGUUCUUGGACAGAAGUCCUUUGCUUUCUUUCUUCAUUUGGAUGAUAAUUUCUGCCAACAUGGACGGAGAUGAUGACAAAACAAUUUGCUGGAAGGGCUUUUAUAGAUAAAUCUUUGAAAUUUAUGAAGAAGAGGAAAAAUUUGUAGAUAGUAAUUCAAUGAACACAAGGAAAAUUAAAUAAAAUUUUUUUUUGAAAAGGUAUAAGAAAAAUUUCUCCACGUUUCAAGGAUUUUAAGUUGAUAUAAAUAAACGUUGCGGUGAAAUACGAUUCAUCUGUAGGAGCAUUCCUCAAAGAAGAAUUUCUCACUCUAAAGUGAAAACGACGCGUGCAGUUUCAGUUUUUGUUUUUUGUUUUAAUCAACGUGUGAUACUCGUAUUAUUUGUAAGUGCGAUUAUAAUUAAAAAAUAUGGCAACAACCGAAGUUUUUCAAGAUUGGGAAUCACCUCAUGAAAUUACUUCUGUUACAAGAAAAACAACAAGGAAAACAACAAAGACUACGAGGAGAUAUGAUCCGAAUGCUACAACUGAUGACAGUUGGGGCGAUGAAAAUCAAAAUGACAAAAAUAAAAAUAAUGAGACAUCCGCAUCUACAAAAACAACCACCAUGACGACAGCAGCGAAGCUGUAUGGAAAAGAUUUGAGCGAAUAUGACGACGUCGAUGUGGAUGAAUUGCUGUCACAACUUACACCUGAGGAAAUCAACAUACUUGCCAAAGAAGUAGACCCUGACGAUAGUUUUAUGCCACCGUCUCAACGCUGCAGUUACGAGUGUGACAAGAGUCCUACGGGACCGCUGAAUCGAAAAAAACUCAUCGAACACAUUAACAAGCAGGCCUUGGAAACGCCAGAUAUUCCAGAACUCAAACCAUUUGUAGCUGGCGUCAUCAGAGGGAAGAAAUGGGUGCCUCCACCACAAGACAAUAUCAAGGAAAAGGAAGCAGAUGAACAAAUCGCUAUUGACCUUGGAGACGAGUACGAGCAGGCAUUGUCGUCUGCUACUCAGGAGGAAAUCAUCGAUCUUGCUGCCAUUCUUGGAUUCCAUUCAAUGAUGAAUCAAGAUCAGUACCACGCGUCUCUUCUAAAUUCGGGACAACCUGUUGGGAUGGGUUGGGAUGGAAUCACAAAAGCCAGUCAACCAAAAGUGUACCCUGUAGAUCCACCAAAUGAUACGGACGUUGACGAAACUAUAAGGAAGGUUCGGGAAGAUAAUCCUUCGUUGCUUGAUUUGAACUGGAAUAAUAUUAAGAAUAUUUCAGAUGAAAAAUUCAUCCAACUGUUUGAAGGAUUAGAAAUGAAUUCACAUCUUGAAUCCUUGAGUUUGACGAACGUUGGACUCACAGAUAAGACUGGCCAAAGAUUAGCAGACGCUAUCGAGAAAAAUUCUACCCUUAGAGUUCUCAAUGUUGAGACAAAUUUUAUUAAUCCACCUGUGAUAGUUAAACUUGUUAGAGCUCUUCUUAAAACAAAAUCCAUUGAAGAGUUCCGAUGUUCGAAUCAGAGGUCACAAGUGUUGGGCAACAAAAUUGAAAUGGAAAUCACACAACUCGUAGAACAGAAUCCUUCCUUACUAAGACUUGGUCUUCACCUUGAGUUCAAUGAUGCCAGACAUCGGGUAGCUGCUCACCUUCAACGUAAUAUUGAUAGGAUCUGUCGUGUGGAAGCUUUGGCACGUGCAAAAUCUGUAGCAAAUGGUGCAGGCCCUGGCACCUUCUCCAUUCUUCCCGAAGAUGCUCUAAAAAACCGAACGUAGCGCUGAUUUGGCGCAUACGGCAGUCCCGGCUCGAGGUGGCGACAUCUUAGUGCAAUAAGGCGUUUGCCUAGACCGGGAGCGUCGCAUGGGAAGGCUAUCUCGUAACAACACCAUUGGCUGGGUCACUCAAUAAUCUUUAGAAGACAGUCUUCAACGGGGAUUUUGAUCGUGUCGAUCAAACUCAUUUUCAUUAAUAUUUGACAUCGCUUGAUAAGUAAACAUGCAGCACGAAUGCAACUCGCCCUUUUCUAUAAUCAUGUUCCGAGAAUUUACCUUUUAGGAGAUCAUCGAAAAUGGGGUAAAAUAAAUAGGCCUAAUGAGCUUCGAGUUAUUACGUUUAAAAAAAGUGAAGAAUUUUAAACUCUAAAGUAAAACUGAAUCAUAAUAUUUAAGAAAAGUUUGUGUUGUAGAAAAUCUGAGAAUUCUGUUGAUAGAAAAUUUCUUUGAGGCCUCAUGAAAUUAAGGUAGAAAAUAGUAAAAUUUGAAUAAGAAAUAUAUGUCGCAAAUGAAAAAACUCUGAUAAAUUAUAAUCAAGGCUUUAAAAAAUUUUCAAUCAAACAAGAAUGAUUUUAAUUCGAAAAGAAUUUCGAAGUUUUAAAGUAUUUUUUUUUUUUUUUUUUUGCAACAACGCGCAAAUUGACGGCAGAGGAAAAAAGAUGAGAGACGAGAGAGACGACGACGACAUGCUACCAACAGAAACUUCCUGUUAUAUACAGAAUCUCGUGGCGGGAACGGUUAUUGAAUAUCCGAAAGAGGAAUAUUUUACACUAUAAACUACCGAGAAAACUGUUUCUAGAUUCCUUUGUGAGAAGAAUUUUCAAGUUUUUACCGACAAAAUCAGUUCUCAUCUUCAGUUAUAUUGCGCAAAGUAUUUUUUUAAUAAAAUAUUAAAGUCCGUUUAGCUUAUUCUGAAAUCGUAUUUCGAAACGAGAUCAAUAAAUAAUGAUAACCGCUAAACGAAGAAUGAAAUAUGUAAAUCUGCCUAUUGCUGUAUAAUACUCGCAGCCGUUCUGGGGAACUUCCGGUUGCCUGGCCACGGAUUCAUGGGUACCAGAAGUGUCGUUUUCCAGCAGGAUAACCGCGAAACCCAUUCUACCUGGUACGAGAGACCACUUCCGGUAUUCUGUUGAUAAUGCAGUGUGCGCUUCUUCUCGUCUCUCUCCUUCACCCAGGACUUUCUCGUUGAAUCUCCUGAAAAAGAAAAACCUCUCGAAAUUGUACAUUAUUUUUAUUCCGAAACUACUUCUUCUUCUUCUUCUUCUUCUUCUUCUGCUGCAUUGUUUUUCCGUAUUCUCACCGUCAUAGUCUUUUUAAUCCUCCUCUUUUUUAUGAAAAGCGAUGAUCGACAUUUUGGUCGUGAUCUUUUUUUAAUUGUACACGUCAAUGAAAUCAUGAAAAUUAAGUUCUUCUUUUUAUGACAUUUUAGUCUAGCUAGAAAAAAAUUACGCUAGUAAAGUGAAAAUACUGACACUUUCUUCUCUCACUUUUUACUUUAUUGUAAAGCUGUAAUUUUUUUUUUAAGUUAUAUUCCUUUAUCGCCGACCAAUCUCGUCACUGUCGAGGGAUUAAGUCUUUCUGACAGUGAAGAGAUUUCGUGGAUAAAGUUUAACUUUGUAAUUAAUAAAAAAAAAUAUAUAUUACAUUUAGGAAACUGAACGUGAAUGUCCUUCGCUAACUCUUAUUCCUGCCAAAAGCGCAAUAUUUUAGAAUAGUUUUAUCGUGAUGUAAGAAAUCUGAAUCGAAGAUACAUGAAUGUUAAUUAUUAUUAUUAUUAUUAUAUAAUUAAUAUAUUGCAGACUCUUAUUAAAAUUGCUUACUGGUUAAGUGAAUCGAGUUUCGACUAUUGAUUAUGAUAUUUAAAAUUUCUUUAAUCUGCUUAAAUAAUUAUUUUACUUUUUUCAUUUAUAUAGUAAAAUACUGAUUUUUUAAAUCUGAAAUUGAAAAUUUGUUUGGCAAUUUAUUAUCAAUUUUCACAGUGCUUUGUUCACUUGACCGGAAAUUGAACUAUUUACGCACUAAUAUAAGCGAUUAAUUAUUAUUACUAUUAUUCUUAUUAUUAUUGGUUAGUUUACAAUUUGUACAUAUUGUCUUAACGAUCGGUCGUUUCAAUUAUCAUAGAGCACAUAUUAGUUUAAUAUAUGUAUAAGGUUGAACACAAGAGAGUAAAUGAAAAAAAACAAUUGUAAUGGAACUGCAAGUUAUGAAGUAGAAUAAUAUAUAAGAAGAAAAAACACUUGUCACAGUAAACAAUUCAUUAUAGAUGUUUUUAAAAUAAAAGCAUAUAACUGCAGUCGUUUAUUUCACACCGUCUUCUCCGUUAGUGGAGUGACAUUGGAAGAUGAAAAAAGGGAAAAAAGUAUAGUAUGUUAUAGUAUUGCAAUCGGUGUUAUGCUCACAUCAUUAUAUUUUCAUUAAUUCAUAAAACACAAAUGCACGCACACGAUCAAAGCCUUACUGCUAGCUUAUCUUGUAACACGAGAUUUCAAUAAAUUUUCAAAAUUCAUAAA